AUGGGACGCGAAAAGGACGUUUCAACGCGAUUAAUUCGACCGACUAUUCCGGAAUUUGACACCGCUCGUUUGCUUCUGUUUGUCGAACGAUGGGAUCCUAAUUGGGAACAUGAUGCUUCUAUAAAGAUUUUCGACGAAGGUAUCGCCCAAUACAUGCUGGCUGAUGUUGAGUCCCACUACAAGUACAUGGCAGCACUAAUCCUUUCCAAACCGAGCCUCAGGUGUCGACUUGUCGACCAGGAACCAGACGAUGUCUUGGACGCUGAGGGAAACAGAAUCACUUUGACGAAGGCCAACGAUCUCUCCAUUGAGGACGUCAAGAAAAUCGAAUACAUGAAGCAAAUCCUGCACAACCGCGGAUAUCGAUUCAACUAG